AUGAGUCUAUUCUUUGAUGCUUCCUUCUUCGAUGAGCCAUGCAAGUUUGGCCAAUUGUUCUAUACUAUUGAUUCGAUCUCCUACAAGGAAUGGAAAGAAACAGUUCAGAGCAACUGGACCAAUGUGAAUGACUUUCACAAAUACCGUGCAGAUACAAUACAGUUCCUGAGUGAUUACUGCUAUCAGCUGGGGCAAUUAGACCCUAAGAGUUGUAACAAGUAUAAUCUUCCAUUGGCCAAAGCCAUGCUCCAAUCACCAAAUUAUGUUCGAGUUGCCUUUGCAAUGUAUUAUAUUUUGCAAAUUUUUAAAUCCAUGUAA